AGGUAUUUUAUUCGAUACUGUUCAUUUGUGCUUCAUGCUUCGUGACGCCAGCGAGGUGUCGACCAUUCAUAGAGGCAAGCCACCUUCCCUCGCCUUCCCUGUCCAUCUCUGUGGCAAAAGCAACCCCUGGGCUUAAGGUGACACGCACUCUCAGGACUUAGCUUCAGCAAACAGCAUUUUGGCCGCAGCUGCGCAAGGCGGCUUCGGAGUGGAAGCAGAGAGAGGGCAAGCUGUGGCCGCUGAUGAUGUUUCAGUCUCCAACACGGCCCAGCUUCCAAUGACCGACUUAGAAGCAGAGGUGCAGCGGACCUCUCGUGUAGCUGCCUACUUGGCCCAGGACGCCGCCGUCCUUUCGAAAGAGCUACAGAGUCUGCAGAUGUCUCUGCGUGGCCAUGCCCGAUUAGAUCUUGACCAAAGAGAUGAUGUGUCUGGCAUCUCAACCUUGGAGCUCUCCGCGGCACAGACUCCAGCGACACCCAGCAGCGGCACCGCAACGGCAGCUGCACCCGCACCACCGGCACCGGCAGGGCCCAGCAAGGAGAAGACCGAGACUGGAGGGGCACAAGCGCCCAAGAGCACAGGCAACGAUGAAGGAUGUGAUGGUCCUGGUGAGACACCGUGUAGUCCGGUGAACAAGAUCCUCACCUUUGACUAUCGUUUCCCCAUCGGUUGGGGCUUGCUGAAUUGGGUGCUGAUCGUCCUGUUGGCCUUCUUGUUUGCAUGGUGCUGCUGUGCAUGCUGCUUGAGAGGGCCAAGGGCAAAUACCCGCUGAGAGUGCCAGUCAUGGCUUGCUCACGUGUCACAGAUGUGACUAGGAUGACAGCAGCGAACGGAAACUAGGCAAAGCGAACGAGGACAGCAGACAUGACCUCAAUCAGUUGAUAUUUUAC